GGUUUCGUCAUCAGUGCGCGGCGGAGGCGGCGUGUCUCGAGCUCGUCGGUUAAUGAUGGGCGCGCGCGGGGCCGGAGGCGGCGGCGGACCGGAGGAUCCCGUGUCCAACUACCAGAGGUGGAAGAAGAAGUCCGGGAAGAGGAAGGAGCAGAGCAAACAGCUGAGGAGGCAGCGCAAGAAGAAGCCGGGCUGGCAGCAGGAGCGGGACGACAUCGCCCGGAUGGUGCAGAAGUAUUCGGAGAUAAAUUCCAGCAAGAUCACAACAUUUUUCGACUUUCCUAUAUCUAAAAAGACUUCAAAAGGCUUGGUGCAAGCUCAGUAUCGUAUGCCUACUGAAAUCCAAAAGCAAGCAAUUGGCUUGGCAUUGCAAGGGAAGGAUAUUCUCGGAGCUGCAAAGACUGGAUCUGGAAAGACAUUGGCAUUUCUUAUUCCUAUACUAGAAUGCUUAUACCGCCAGCAGUGGACAUCUGACGAUGGAAUGGGUGCUCUCAUCAUUUCUCCCACCAGAGAACUUGCAUAUCAGACAUUUGAGACCCUGCGAAAAGUGGGGAAAAAUCAUGACUUUUCUGCUGGCCUUAUUAUAGGAGGGAAGUUUUUGGACGUGGAGUCUGACAGGAUCCAUCGCACCAAUAUUAUCAUCUGUACUCCCGGGCGUCUUCUGCAACAUAUGGAUGAGACCUGUUACUUUCAUGCUUCUGACCUCCAGAUGCUUGUCUUGGAUGAAGCUGAUAGAAUUUUGGACAUGGGUUUUGCUCAAACAAUGAACGCCAUUGUGGAAAACUUGCCUAAGAAGCGCCAGACCCUACUUUUCUCAGCCACUCAAACUAAAUGUGUCAAGGACCUCGCCCGGCUAAGCCUAAAAGACCCAGAAUAUGUUUCAGUUCAUGAAAAUGCUAAAUUCAGCACCCCAGGAACCCUGGAACAAAAUUACAUUGUCUGUGAGCUGCACCAGAAAGUUAACAUGCUGUACUCUUUUCUGAAAAACCAUCUGAGUAAGAAGAUAAUUGUCUUUUUUUCAAGCUGCAAAGAGAUACAAUACUUGUUUCGUGCAUUCUGCCGUCUUCGGCCUGGCGUCCCGGUCUUGCUACUUCAUGGCAAGCAGCAACAGAUGAAGCGAAUGCAGAUGUACGAUGAUUUUUGCCGGAAAAAAGCAGCUGUAUUAUUUGCAACUGACAUAGCUGCUCGAGGACUUGAUUUCCCUGCUGUGAAUUGGGUUCUUCAGUUGGAUUGUCCAGAGGAUGCCAAUACUUACAUUCACAGAGCAGGAAGGACAGCCAGGUACAAAGAAGGAGGUGAAGCAUUGCUAGUCCUUCUUCCAUCAGAGGAAGAAGGCAUGGUGAAACAGCUAGAAGAAAAAAAAGUUCCUAUCAACAAAAUAGAAAUAAAUCCGGGAAAACUAACAAAUGUGCAGCCAAAGUUACAAUCUUUUCUAGCUGAGGAACAGGAGCUGAAGGAACGAGCUCAGCGGUGUUUUGUAUCCUACAUGCGGUCCGUCUACCUCAUGAAGAACAAAGAUGUUUUUAAUGUAUUUGCAUUACCAUUAAAGGAAUAUGCUCUUUCCUUGGGUCUUGCUGUACUUCCACGAAUCCGAUUCCUUCAGAAAGCACAGCAAGAAAAAGAAAUGGCUCCUUCAGCACAAAUCAAGCCAUCUGCUACUAAAGAUACUGAGGUUGAAAGUUCUGAGGAAGAUGUUCAUGAAUUAGAAAGCUUCAAAUGCCAGUUAAGGGACUACGGAUCCUCUUCUCAAAUAAAGGCUGGCAGUAAAGCUGCCAAAAAAGGCAUUCAAGAUAAUCAUGAAAAUUCUACAGAUGAAGAUGGAGAUUCGAAUGACUGUGAAGAGACUGUGGAGAAGAAUGAAGUUGCAUUUUCGGGACAGUUUUUUGAUGAUGAUGAUGAUGAUGAUGAUGACAAGGGAGAUCUGCUCACUGUGAAGCGACGGAAUGUUUUCGCCCUUGAAAGUGAUUGCAAAGUGGAAUGUGAAAAAGAAGAAAUGCAGAAAGCAAAAACAAAACCUGUUCCCAAAAAUCCAAAAAUCAAGGAAGCAAAGAAGAUCUUAAGGAAAAAGUUAAUAGUGAAUACAAAAGUCACUUUUGAUGAAGCUGGAAAGAUGGUUCAGCUGUGGCCACCAGUACAGAAAAGCAAAACGAAUGAUGACCAGGAUGAUGACUCGGGAGGACUAAACGUGGAAAAAGCAAUCGAGAGACUGCGCGAGGAGGACAAAUAUGACAAAGAAGCUUACAGGAAAAAAGUAAAAGAAAAACACAAGGAACGACGGCUGAAAGAAAAAGCGAAAAAGGUUUCCAGAAAAAUAGAAGAGCGUGAAGAGGAACCCAUCGCUUAUUUGGAUCAGAGUGAAGGCGAGGAAGAAUUUGACCCUAGAGAUCUUCCUGAUCCUGAUAAAUACCGAGCUUCAGAGGAAACCGAUGACAACAACAUUUCUGAUGCUGAAGAAAAUGGCAGCAGACCAGCUGAGGUGAAACUCAAACGGAAGAGAAAUUACAGCAGCAGCAGCAUUGGUGAAAGUGAGGAGAUGCUAACGGCUCAGAAGAGGAAGAAGAGAACAAAGGACGGCAUUUACUCUGAUGAGGAAUAUAAACCACUGGACACAGGCCUCUCUCUGGUUGAAGAUGAAGAGCUGGUGCUUCAUCUGUUGAGCAACAAAAGCUAAUUGUAAUCCUUCAGUGUUUUUCUGGGUCAGUCCUUCUCUUGUGCUGGCCACGUUCUGCUAUUGCAAUCAUGCGUGAACAGGUGGGCCCUGUCUGACAGUGAUGAAUGCUGGUAGAGCAGGUUGCUGCAGAUCUGUAGAUGACUGCCAAGACAAUAUCUGCCUUACAGCGGCAAAGCAAAAUGUUGCACCCACGUCAGCGAGGUUAGGUUUUUCUGGGUAAUUUUGAUUUUUAAAAAAAACUCAUAAAUUUGACAAUUUAUAUAAAAAGUACUUUAAUUAUCAAGCAAUAUAUUCAUGGUUUUGUGUAUAAAGAAUGUUUGGAGAAACCUAAUAGCCUACUGAUUUAUAAGCCUUCAUUGUGUUGUAAUAGAUUUUUGUCUGCCCUUGUUCUGGAUGAUUGAAGUAUUCAGCUAAUACAAUGAAGUGACCAUGUACACACAGAUGCUUUGUUGGGCUUAAAAACUUAAAUAAACUUGUUUUUACUGGAUACAAAA